CGGGGGCUUCUCGGGGUCCGCGCACAGCCUGAGCUGCCUGGACCCGAGCGGAAACUCCCCGCGGCCCGGCCGCGCCCCAGGACUGAGCGGUACCAUGGUGUGGGGUGCAGGAAGCUCCCUGGCCUGGCUCUCAUCUGGCCCAGGAACCCUGAAUGUGAGCACCAUGGACCCAGCAGAGGGGCCCACUGGCUCAGUUGCACUGUUGCCCUCGCCCAGGGUCUGGGAUGUGGUGCUGUGCAUCUCAGGCACCUUGGUGUCCUGUGAGAACGCGCUGGUGGUGGCCAUCAUUGUGGGGACUCCUGCCUUCCGUGCUCCCAUGUUCCUGCUGGUGGGCAGCCUGGCGGUGGCAGACCUGCUGGCAGGCCUGGGUCUAGUCCUACACUUUGCUGCUGUCUUCUGCAUCGGCUCGGCGGAGAUGAGGCUGGUGCUGGUUGGUGUGCUGGCAAUGGCCUUCACUGCCAGUAUUGGCAGCCUACUGGCUAUCACUGUCGACCGCUACCUUUCCCUGUACAAUGCUCUUACCUACUACUCGGAGACAACAGUGACUCGGACCUAUGUGAUGCUGGCCCUGGUGUGGGGGGGCGCCCUGGGCCUGGGGCUGCUGCCUGUGCUGGCGUGGAACUGCCUGGAUGGCCUGACCACAUGCGGUGUGGUAUAUCCACUCUCCAAGAACCAUCUGGUGGUCCUGGCCAUUGCCUUCUUCAUGGUGUUUGGCAUCAUGCUGCAGCUCUAUGCCCAGAUCUGCCGCAUUGUCUGCCGUCAUGCCCAGCAGAUCGCCCUCCAGCGGCACCUGCUGCCUGCUUCCCACUAUGUGGCCACCCGCAAGGGCAUCGCCACACUGGCCGUCGUGCUUGGUGCCUUUGCUGCCUGCUGGUUGCCCUUCACCGUCUACUGCCUGCUGGGUGAUGCCAGCUCCCCAUCCCUCUACACCUAUCUCACUCUGCUCCCUGCUACUUACAACUCCAUGAUCAAUCCUAUCAUCUAUGCCUUCCGCAACCAGGAUGUGCAGAAGGUGCUGUGGGCUAUUUGCUGCUGCUGUUCCUCUUCCAAGAUUCCCUUCCGAUCCCGCUCCCCCAGUGAUGUCUAGUUAUAUCCUGGUGGCCCUGCAGUCCUACAAAAUUCCAGAAUGUUAGGUCCUCCAGGGCUUUGCUCCAAACCCCCAGCUCCACACCCCUAAGAUCCAGCUGGUUCUGGAGGUCUAGGACAUUGGAUGUUUCUGGAUUCUGUUCAAGCUGGCUCCAUGGUUCUAGAAUGUUCCAGGUGGUCAGGGUUCCACUCAGAAAUGUCCCACUGCCCAAGGGGCUUGCAAUUCCAGAAUGCUGGGAAUCUUACAGUGCCAUUCCAAGUCCUCAGUCUUUCCCCUCCCUGAAACUUGACCUUGGCCAUGUCACUUUACUUUUGAAUUUCUGAACUCCGGAGUCAGAGAGGUUAGUCACUUAGUUGCCUGAUGGAAGAUUUAUCUAUAUAUAUAUGUGUGCAUAUACAGAGAAAUUAUAGUAUUUAUAUUUAUAAAUUUAUUUAUGGGUGGAAAGGGGAAAAAAAGACCCACACUUGAAAUCUAGGCCAUACCAGGGUAUCUCCAGUCCCCUCCCUCCCCCCCCCAUUUCUAACCUCAGUUCCUGGAGGGGAGAAAUGGAGAAGAAACAACCACGUAUUUUGUUAUUGUUUUUGUUUAUUUUUUAUGGAAGAGAUCAUAGAACCAGAGCUUUCUUCCCUGCCUGCCCACCAUGGGUUUUCAGGGGAACACACCAGCCUCUGGUUUUUUAUUUUUUUAAGAAGCUAUCACCUGAGCAACCGAGAAUUCCUCUGCACUGGGGCCCUGCUGCCCUCUGGUGACCAUCUGGGGGAAUUGUAUCCCGGCCUGGCAGUCGGGACUAGAAAACGCAACCCCAACUACACUCCAGCCUAGCGUCCAGCGCCACAGCCAUGGCCUGGGGGCCAGGCCUCACCCUGAGGUGCCCUAGAGGAGGCGGGGCAAGAGCCAAUACCCCACCCCUCUGUCAACCGGGUGCGGUCCCCAGUGCAUUCCUUGUUCUCUCCUCAACCUAACUCAAUAAAAAAUGAUUUUGUAAUAAA